AUGCGCUCGAGCUUGACGCGCAAUGUGUACCGACGAUUGCUGGCCUACCAUGGCCUGUCUUCUGCGCCAGCACCGGCGCUCCCGAGCUCCUCUCGACCGACAUCGAUACGCUCUCACCGCGCGGUUGUCAGGCACCCGUCCCGCCGCACGUUCAUGAAGAUGAACCUUUUCAAAAAGCCUCCAAGAGAAGUCAAAGAGGGCGGCUUUGAACCAGGCUUCGGUACAUUCAUCGAUUUCCGAGCCAGGUCUGUGGAGAACACCAAGCUACCUCCUCGAGAAGAGCUGAUCGAGGCGUUCCGGACCUUUUUCGACCACAAACUGUGGCGCAAGAAACCCCUCAACUCGACACAGGCCUUCUGCGCAAGACUAGUCCUCGCACAUCUGCAGGAUACGGAAGUUGGACCCAGUUUGACCAAAGAGGACCUUCAAAAAGCUUUGUUUGCUGUUUGCUUGCCACCGGAGCGUGGCAGCACCGAAGAGCACGCACAGUUCGCGACACAAGUCUACCACCAGCUCAAUGUGGUCAAAUACUCCGGUUCACCUGUCGACGAGAAAGAAAGAGUCGAAGAACUAAAGUCGGACGAUCUGGAGCGCUAUAUAGUGGUACUAAUACGGCAGAACGCUACAAAGACGGCAAUGGAUACUCUUUUGGGCUUCAAGGAUCUAUAUCCGCUCUUCGACCCGAAAAGAGUGAAUCAGUUAACUGUUCUUCGCUAUCUUGUGCUCAAAGGUCUCGCGAAGGAAGGUGACCAGGCGAAAUUGCAGGAAUUCGCGAAUGAGCUGCUCGAUUCCGGCUAUCCCUAUUCGCCCGACUUCCAUGGGACGAUGACAUCCUUCUACGGUGAUAUCGACACGGACGGCGAAGAUGGCCUCCGAAAGUGGUUCGAAAAGCCCAUUAAGGACAAUAUGAGGCCAAGGCCCGACGCCUAUGUGGCCCUGAUCAAGUUUUCGGCUCGGACGAAAAGUGAACCGGAUUGGUUGAAGAAGGCUAUGCAGGAGCUGUGCGACUCUAAUCCGCCCAAGGCCUGGUGGGACGUGAUUCUAAGGUGGGCUGUCUACCAAGGCAAAGAUAUCGACCAUAUAAGGCGCAUGAUCGACGUCAUGAUUCAGACCAACGAGCAGGACGAGUCGAUCCGGCCAGACACUCGCACGAUCAACGGGCUACUCUCAGCAGCAAUCGAGCACGACAACCCUCUGUUCGCUGAACGAAUAAAUAGUCUGGCCCUCGAGCUAGGACUGAGGCCGAACGCAGCCACAUACGCUCUGCUUUUGGAAGCACGAACGGCUGGCGAGGAUGCUGUCGGUGCAGCAUCAGUCUUUGAUGACCUGAUCCAUUGCACCCCGUUAGUGGACCAUUCCAUGAAGGCGAUUAAUCAGUAUAUUAGACAAAUAUGCGCGGCUACCCCCUUGGACUAUGACCAAGUCCUGACGGUCCUGAGCAAUGUCGAGAGGCGGGAGGUAGAGCUGGAGCCUGUCACCGUUGUGGCACUAUGCCUGAUGUUCCUCAAGAACGACAAGGCUCACGAAGUGAUUGACACGCUCAGUCUUCAUAUCAAGCAGUUCAGCAUGGAGGACCGGCAGGUCGUACUAGACAGCCUGCUCAAGUACUGCCUCGACCGCAGCGUAAGCACGGCACGGGCAUGGGACUGCUACUCUCUGUUGCGGCAAUUCUUCCCAGAGACCAGCCGAGAAGAGCGCGUGACCCUCAUGGAGAGCUUUUUCGAACGCAAGCGUGCCGACAUGGCAUGCUACAUCUUCGGGCACAUGCGCGCGCACGCCAACGACGCCAUGCGACCCAACCUCGCCACCUACGUAACCUGCCUGGAGGGGCUGGGGGCUUGCCCGGACGCGGACAGCGUGCAGAUGAUCCACAACAUGUUCAAGAUGGACAUGAAGAUACAGCCGACGACAAGGCUUUACAAUGCCUUUAUGAUUGCAUACACGGCGUGCGAUGACCCCUCGCGGGCGUUCGACUUCUGGCGGGAGAUCUCCAUGUCGGCAGAGGGCCCGACUUACUACAGCCUGAACAUCAUCUUCCGGGUAUGCCAGGUUUCGCCGUACGGCGACGAGAAGGCCAAGAUCAUAUGGGACAAGUUGCACAGGAUGGAGAUCGAUAUCCCCUCAUCCGUCUAUCGCUCGUACAUAGUCAUGAAUGCCGGCCAGGGGCAUCUGGAGGAGGUCAAGGCGUUGUUGAUUGGCAUGAAGGCCACUUAUGGGAAAGAGCCGGACUUCUACACAGUCGCCGAGAUCUUCAACGCCUUCCCAAAUUCAGAGCUACAAAGCCAAUAUCGCGAAUGGCUUGCACAUGAGCUUCCCGAGACUGGGAGACGGUUGGCCAACACCAAGAAAUUGGUGAAAACGAUGCGUGGCACGGACCGAGUACCAUUGGCGAUGAGGAAAUUACGCGCGGCGCCGUAG